AUGCUACGAGACAGAUUCAUCUGUGGUCCGAGGGACGUGCACCUGCAGCAGCGUCUACUCUCCGAAAGGAAUAUCACAUUCCAAAUGGCGGGCGACACUGCGAAAGCCAUGGAAUCCACGGUUUCACAACAGGCAAGCAUGCGCAGCAGGGAAGAAAACAAAGUACUUCAAACUUCAGCAACCAGAAGCCCAAAGAAGAAUAAGCUCCCUAAGCCGUCCAAAAAGUGCUACCGUUGUGACGGUGCGCACAACCAGAAAAGCUGCCCUCACCGAAAUUCCACAUGCCAGUUCUACAAGAAACUGGGGCAUAUUGAAAAAGCAUGCAUAACGAAGAAAAAGAAGCAGGCUUCCGGCACGCGCUCAUCUGGACGUCAACAAGCGAAUAGUCUAACUGCCGACGAAGCAGAUUCGUGGAACAGCUUAUUCACGGUCAACUCCAUGAGCCAAUCGACUGAGAGCUUAACCGUAUGGGUUACGGUAAACGAACGCCCUUGCUGCUUCGAAGUCGAUUCCGGUGCAUCAUUUUCAAUAAUGAGUGAGAACACCUUCAACCAGCAAUGGGACAGCAACAGACCACGUCUACUGAAAGCAGCAUUGAAAUUGAGGACGUGGACCGGCACACCGCUUCAAGUCCAGGGCAAAGCACGAGUCACCGUUCAGCUACACAGGAAGCAAGCAAAACUCGAUCUGUACAUCGUCGCGGGAACUGGAACAAGCCUCCUAGGGCGAGACUGGUUUGAGCCACUGGAAUUUCACUGUCUGGCAUUCACCGAGUCAUGGAGUCACAGUGCCAACCACUACUCGAUCAGUUCGCACCCUUUUAAUGGCAAGAUUUCAGGCCAUGUAGGCGACCCUAUACACAUCGAGCUGCAGCCAAACGCAGUCCUAGGUUCUUGA